ACCUCCACGGUCCACCGCGCCCGUUGCCUCCCCCUCGGAGCGGUGGUGGCCAUCAAGCGAUGCAACCUGGACCUCUCGGAUGCCGACCUGCAGGUGGUAAUUGAGGAGGUCGCCAUCAUGAGGCGCUACCAGCACCCCGCAGUGCUGCCGCUGCUAUGCUCCUUCGUGGCGGACAGCGAGCUGUGGCUCGUUAUGCCGUACAUGGAGGGCGGCUCCGUGGCUCACGUGAUGCGCUACGCCCACAAUGACGGCCUGGAGGAGCCCGUCAUCGCCACCAUCGCCAAGGAGGUGCUGAGGGCGCUGGAUUACCUCCACAAACAGGGCGCAAUCCACCGGGACGUCAAGGCGGGCAACAUCUUGCUGGGGGGUGACGGCACCGUGCGGUUGGGGGACUUCGGGGUCAGCGCCACCAUGGAGCGCUCCGGCAGCUGGGGGCACGACCUGAUGAGGAGGAGGACGCUGGUCGGGACGCCCUGCUGGAUGGCGCCGGAAGUCAUGGAGGAGAGCGCCUACAACGACCGGGCGGACAUCUGGUCAUUCGGCAUCACGUUGCUGGAGAUGGCCCAUGGGUCGGCGCCCUUCGCAAAGCUGCCACCCCUCAAGGUGUUGAUGUUGACGCUGCAGAACCCGCCUCCCCAGUUGGAGGACCGCGUGGGGCAGAGGACCUUCUCCAGGUCCAUGCGCGAGGUGGUGGCGAUGUGCCUCCAGAAGGACCCCAUGAGGCGCCCCUCAGCCAAGCAGCUGCUGGAGCACAGGCUGUUCCGGACCCAGGCCCGUGAUAAGGCAUAUAUCGUCAAACACCUCCUAGCAGGUGCUAGGGUGCUAGGUGCUAGGGUGCUAGGGGUAGGGGUAGGGCUGGCUGACGGGUCUUUCAUCCCGACUGAUAUAAUAGUGGGUAGAUGGGUAGGGGGUGGCUGGGUGGGUAGAAGUAGCCGGGUAGCAGGCUUUUCGUAG